UCCUUUGUAUCACCAAACCCUGACAAAAAGCCACACAUUCAAACGAUAAAUCGCACACACAACCUUCGACAACAUUGCUCCCAUUCUUCAACCCAAAUCUCUCUCUCUCUCUGCUCAAAUGAAAACCAUUAUGGCAGCCAAAUUUCCUCAUGAAUCUUCGUUCUCCUUCUCAAGGAGAUAUUUCCAUUGGAAGAAGAAAGCAUUGGACGAAGAAGAUGAUGAUAACGAGGAAGAAAUACUCAACUUCUCAACUUCAUCCUCACACUUCCUAGACGAGAAACAACAAGAUUACAACCACCCACUUCAAAUGUCAUCACAACAUGCUACAGUGACCACCGAACACAAGAAAAAACCCAACCUUUCCAAGUUGAAGUCAGCCCUCACAGUCUUCACCAAGCGUACCCAGCUGGGUACGCGCGUGGUGGGAACGCUCUUUGGGCACCGGCGCGGCCACGUGCACUUCGCCAUCCAAGAAGACCCGAAGGCGGGACCCGCGUUCCUGAUCCAACUGGCGACACCGACAAGUGUGUUGGUCCGUGAAAUGGCGUCGGGGCUGGUGAGAAUCGCGUUGGAGUGCGAGAAAAAGAAGAGCGAAAAGAGUAACAGGUUGCUGGAGGAAGGUGUGUGGAGGACGUACUGCAACGGGAGGAAGUGCGGGUACGCGAGCAGACGCGAGUGUGGGCCUGAGGAGUGGAAGAUACUGAAGGCGGUGGAGCCCAUAUCGAUGGGAGCAGGGGUUUUGCCGUUGGAGGGUUGUGAAGAAGGUGAGGUUAUGUACAUGAGAGCAAGCUAUGAGAGGGUGGUCGGUUCAAGAGAUUCUGAGGCUUUCUACAUGAUGAACCCUGAUGGUGUUGGCGGUCCUGAACUCAGCAUUUACUUUAUCAGAGUUUAACACUAAACUUCAUAUUCAUACAAAUUGUUUAUGUUGUUUUUUAUCAUCACCAUGAUUACGAUGAACAUGACUGUCUUUGGCUUUGUUCUGUAUCAAGUUC